AUGUCCAACGGCGGAGGUCACUACUCCUUCGCGCCUCCCCAGCACGAGCCUGGCUACCGCCCCAUGUCGACCUCUCCCACCCCACCCAGCCGGCUCGACAACCGCUCCGUCAGCCCCUCGUCGGGCAAGCCCAAGUUCUGGCCCUUCAACCGCUCCCGCUCCGCCAGCCCAAACGACCAGGCAAUCGCCAACCCCACAAACAACCGCUCCCGCAAGACGUCCGCAGGCUACUCGCCAGCAAGGGGCGCCAGCCCAAACUCGGGCGGUUUCGUCGUCCGCACCGUCACCCGCCAGCCGGGAGGCGUCAGCGCACCCACCUCGCCCGUCUCAGACGCUCCUUACCAGCCAGACUGGAGCCGCGCAGCGCAGCCUUCCCCGCGUAGAAUGACCCUCGAAGACUCGGACGACGACGCGCAGCAGCCCACCGCCCUCGACGGCCGCCACCAGCUCCAGUACAGGCGCUCAAAGUCCCGCCCCAUCGCCUCGGCACUCAGCCUCAGCGUACCCGCAGGCGGUCCAGGCGGCGGCGUCGGUUACGGAACCGCCACCAGCUCAAACGACGGCAGGCCGGAGCCCCACUUUGCCGCGCCCCAGAUGUCUGCCCCCCGCCCCGCCAGCCCAGGCGGUGCCAGCAUGACCGCCGGCGGCUUCCAAAAGAGCCUCCAGGAGCGCGGACGGUCACCGCGGAAGGCUCCCUCCGGCCAGAGCCUCGGCCAGCAGCAGCAGCAGCAGCAGGGCCACCAGCAGGAUCGCUCCCGCUCGCGUUCGGCCCACUCUGCAAAGGGCGGCGAUGACGCCUCGGUGGCCACAACGCCCUCCGGCAAGGUCAUCCGGCCCAUGAUCACGCCGGGCCCGAGGAGCCUCGCCCAGCAGUCGAGCGGAUCAGACGGCGCAGAAUCCACAAGACCAGUCCUCUCGGCCAAGACGUCGUUCCAGAGCAUCCGGCCGCAGGGCCUGACCGGACCGCGACAGUUUCCCGGCUCCGCCAGACCCUCGUUCGAUGGCGCCCCGCCCUCUCCCCACGAGAUGCACGGCGCACCCGCCUACAGGCAGCCCAGCCCGCUCGGAUAUGGCCAGUCUCCUGGCAUCGGCAGCGGCGGCCCUGGCCCUGCCACCUCUGCCACAUCACCCGUUCAUGCCAACGGCAGCGCCUCACCGAGGCAUGGUCCGACCGGCGCAGCGAGCGUGGGCCACUUCUCGGAUGCGGUCACGGCAUCGGGCCAGGAGGCUCCCAGUCCGAGCAGUCGAGGACGCAAGUUCUCGUUUGGCUUCACUCGAGGCAGGAAGGCGAGCGACGCGGCGGCGGUCGUUGGUGGUCAAGCGCCUGUGGGCCCGCUGGAUGGCCUGCCAUCACCAGUCGACAUUCCGUACGGCCGCGGACCCGGCUCGGGCUUCGCCUCGCGAUCACGCUCAAGGGAUCCGGGUGCAGAGACCGACUACUCCUACGAGAACGGCGCAUCGCCCUUCGGCUCGGUGUCGCCGGCUGGCUCGCCCGGCUUCCUCUCCUCGAUGGCCGCCAGUCGUGGCGGCGAUGGCGGCGCAGCUGGUUACGUCGGACGCAGCGCCUCACCGGGCGGCUCGAGCCUGGCAGGCAAGUGGUUCAAGGGCAUCUUUGGCAAGUCCCCGCAAGCCGGAGACAAUGACCAGGACUGGAGGGGUGCGCCCAUGUAUCCGAACGCCAACCUCGAGGCCGCCGUCCGGUCCCGGGAGGGGUCGCCGCUGCCUGCCCUGCCGUCGAAUGCUCAGGCGGAGCGCCAGGCUCUUGCGCCUCGGCAGCCGCCCAACCAGGGCCGCCGCUCGCAGACGUUGCCGAACCCGCCGCCGUCGGAAGACGACGUCGAGGCACUGCUACAGAAGCGCCAGUCGAUGAAGCAGGCGAGGCGGAUCGUCGACGCAGAGCGCCGCGAGCUCAUGUCGCCGACCACGCAGCAGAGGGGUUUCGAUCCGGACCGGGACCGCGAGUACCGCCCCAAGCAGGCGGUCGACGAUCCGUCAGAGGACUACGAGGCCAAUCUGCACGCCGAGAGGCGCAAGAGCCCGCCGGGCCGCAAGCCGGUGCCCCGCAUCGUCGACCGCAGCCAAGACGACUCUCUGAGCCGUCUCGAGGGCCGACUGACGCCCGCCCAGAAGAUCAUCCAGGAGACGAGAUCGAUGCACCUGGCUCGCGAGAGCCUCGAGGGCCGCAACGGAUCGCCGCGCACCACCGCAGCGACCGCUGCCGAGGAUGCCACCAAAGAUCCGAAAUCGUCGGACGUAGGCCGCAGUGCUCAGCAAGCUUCCGCGGUCCAAUCGAGUGGAAAGGACCUCGCCUCACGCCCGGCGCAGUCGAAUGAGCCCGAGCAGGCGGUUCGUAGAGGUGCCUCUGCAGGAGGCAGCAGCAAGGCGAAGGACAAGGGCAAGAGAAGGGAGGAGAGUUCUUCCUCCCAGGCGCCGCCUGCCUCUGCCGGUCCAGCUCGGCAGCAGCAGCAGGAUGCGCGGCGGGAAUGGCAGCAGCACGCAGCACCGCAUGCGAGGGCCUCGUUGCCCCAUCCUGGCGAGCUCGCCCAGGCACCGAAGCCGGCAAGCAACCUGGCGGCCAAGGCGCCGCCAGCUGGCUCCAAGGCCACCAGCGCCCUCUCGCCCGGGUCCGGCCCGAUGCCGCUCGACAUGUCGCUGCCCCAGGCGCUGCAGGAGAUGAUGGUCCGCUUCUACCGCUUCGAGCGGUACUCUGUGCCGCUCAUCCGGUCGCUCGAGACGCGGCUGAUCGACAUCGAACGGGACGCCAUGAUGGCGAGCAAUCCGCAGGCAGGCGGACGCUCGCACGUCGAGACGGCGAGCCAGCACGAGGAAAUGGACCGCUGGGUGGGCCAGAUGACGAUGCUGAUGAAGCACGAGGUGGGCCAGCUCAAGGCGGCCGCCCGCGAGAUCCGCGAGGGUCGCGAGCUCGUCGCACAGGUUGCCAAGGGCCUCGGCAGCUUUGGAGCCGGCAUCGGUGGCUCGUCGUCGCUGCCCACCUUUUCCAGCAUCGGCACUCUGCCGGCAGCCGAAGCGACCGCCGCCGCGACCACGCUCGACAUGCCGCAGCGGACGGUCCAGCUCGAGGGCAAGGACGUCACCGAUUCGCCCAGCAGCACCAAGGGCGACACUGGCGUCCAGCCUCCCUCUGCGGCCGGCACUGCGCGCAAGCAGGCCAGCGCUGCCUCGGGCUCUGAGACGAGCAGGGACGCUGCCAUGGCCCAGCGAGCGGCGCCGGGCUCCCAGUCGCAAAGGAACGACCACGACGCCGCCCGCAGGAACAACGUGUCGAGCUCGAGCUUCCGCAGCGCCGUGCCCGUCGCGCACUCCAGCGGGGUCGCCGGCGCAUCGUCGGCGCCCGGCAACCUCGUGCUGCCGCCCGGAUCAAGGCCGGCGCUCGACAAGAACGAGGGCAAGUUUGGGUCGCCCACCAAGGCCACGUUCGGCUUCAGCGAGCCGGACGCCACCAGUCGACGAGAACGGAGCACGAGCCCGGGUGGCAGGCCUCGAUACACUUCGGCGCUGGGACAGCCGAUGCACGACGGACGCCUCUCGCCGGGCGCCACCUCGCCCGUGCGCAGUUACCCGGAUCCUGAGGUGCGUGCCGGCAUCGCCUCGCCGGGGAGGUGGGCCGGAGACCAGCGAAAGUUCAGCCAGACGCUGGUGGCUUCCCCCGCGGUCAGCGACCAGGCCUCGAUCCACUCGGGCGUGAGUGGUCAGAGCGCGGCUGACCGCCCCAAGAGGGAGAUUAGCGUCGAGGAGAGGCUCAAGGCUCUGAUGGACGGCACCAGCAUCCGCAGCAGGGCCAGCAGCUUCGCCGGCUCGAUGAGCGAGCGAGAUGUGCAGGACGACAACGACGAGGGCGCACAAGAGCCUCAACCAUCAACGCCUGCUCGAGUCGGGGACGACUAUGCGCCGGCACCCGAGGGCGAGCUUGUCGAGGGCCGCUCGAACACGCAAGGCCAAGCCUCGCGAGCGACGGUGGGACAGGAAGGCGAAGAGGAUACGGCCGCAGACGACGGACGCGAGCGUCGCCGACAGAGUGCUUCGCAGUCGACCACGGCCACCACCUCGACUGACGCGCACACCAUCCGACCUGGCGCCGUUGCCGGCGCAGGCGCCCGCAGCGCUGGGCCGCCCGUCGACGCGCCGACCCGUCCGUUGGUGUUCAAGCGAAACACGGGUGAGAUCGCCAAGCGAGCGUCGGCUUUCCUCGAGGCCGGCAACGGCAAUACGCCGACCAACUCGAGCCGCGAGGCCUCGCCCAUCGGCGACACGGCUUCCAGCGCGCGGGUCGACUUCCCCUCGUCGAGCGCCCGUAGGAGCCCCAGCCCUGCAGCGGCCAACGAGCUCUCUGCACCCGCAGCGAUAUCCCCGGCAGUGUCACGCUCCUCGAGCAGCGGUCCAUCGCCCAACACUGCCAACAGCGUCCGGCAGCGGGCCUUGAGCUACCUCAGCACCGCUGGUGCAGGCGCCGCUGCGGAAGACCGGUCUCGGGCAGCAAGCGUCACGCCUGCAGAGGGCCCUGAAGCGGACGACGAUGCCUUGCCGACAACGCCGAGCAAGGCCAUCUCCCCAAGCUCGUGGCUGGCCUCGUCUUCGUCGCCGCCGUCGUCAUCGUCGCCGACCAAGUUUCGUGGCGGCAACGCCUCGACGAGCUCGAAUCCGGGUUCGGCCACGAUCGGCGCCAGCUCUGCUCCCGCCGGACCCCAGAGCGGGCGCAUUUCGCCGUCGAAGCUGCAUGCCAACCGCUUUGCCUCGCCCGACAAGGACGCUCGCGGCGGCGGCAGCUCCAGCCCGCUGGCCAGUCCGACGAAGAAGGCAAUCGGCCUUCCGACCCAGGGCGGUGCCGGGUCGGGCGUGGCGUCGAGGUGGAGCGCGAAUCGCAAAGAAGGGUCGGAUGCCUCGGGCGGCGCGGGCGUCGGUCGCGCCAGCACCGGUAUCCCGGGCCUGGGCGUCGAGAAGAAGCGCAGCUUUGGUCCAGUCGCGGCCAUCCCUGCGCUGGCUGCAGGCGCUGGCAGCGUCGGUGGCGCCUCCAAGGGCCCGACGAUGGUAGGCCAUGCCGCCACGCUCAAGGAGCGAGUGGCCUUUUUCGACAGUGUCAAGUAG